UCUUCUUUUCUUUCUCUUUUCCUUCCCUGCUGUUGUAACUGGCAGCAACCGAACAUGCAUCUCCUUCUUCUUUUCUUCUCCUUCUUCUCAUCUUCCUUCCUCCAAAGUCUGCUGCAACCGAAUAUCUCUUCUUCCUUUCUUCUCCCUUUUUCUCCUGGAUCUUCCAUCUCUUCAUGGUCCGAACCGACCCUUCCAUCAUAUUCGCUUAAAAUUUCUCAAAAAGUGGUCUCGUAGCUCUCUCUCUCUCGCGCAUGCUCUUCUUCGCUCGAUUCCUUUCUUCUUCUGCCUCCAUCUGUGCAUCAUCAACGAAGCCCUAAAUCUCGCUCUUGAUCCCAUUCCCAUGCCUUCUCCCCAACCGAACCCCCCUCUUUCUUCUGCAUCUUCUUCUUCUUCUUCUUCUUCUCUUCUUCUUCUUCUCUUCUUUUCUUUUUUCUCCUGCAGCAGCAACCAAACCCAGGGAUCCCCUAGAGAAGAGCUUAGGAGGCGAGGAACUACAGAUCUAGGGUUAGGGUUUUUAGAAAAUGACGUUCAAGCACAGGAACGGUGGCCGCAACAAGCAUGGCCGUGGCCAUGUGAACUUCAUCCGCUGCUCCAACUGCGGCAAGUGCUGCCCUAAGGAUAAGGCUAUCAAGAGGUUUCUUGUGAGGAACAUUGUUGAACAAGCUGUAGUUAGGGAUGUUCAAGAAGCCUGUGUUUAUGAUGGUUAUACGCUUCCCAAGCUGUACGUGAAGAUGCAGUACUGCAUCUCCUGUGCAAUUCAUUCGCACGUUGUAAGGGUUUGUUCUCGCACUGACAGAAGAAAGCGGGAGCCACCUCAGCGCUUCAGACGCCGGGAGGACGGACCAAAGCCUGGGCAAGCUGCACGCCCUGCAGGAGCUGCAAAUCCUGGACGCAUUUGAAAGCUUUUUAGAAUCUCACUAUAUUCAUCUGGGCAUGAAGAUAUUUCUGAAAUGUUUUGUUUUGUGUGGUUAUGGUUUUGCUUAGAUUCUACCAUAGGAGUAAAGGUUUUGCCCAAGACUCCAAAAUUUCCCAUAAUUGAAUGAUCCGCACAUUAAUUGUUGGGUUUUGAUGUUA